GGAUGUUGCAGAUUCAGCUACAUUGCCCUAUGGUUGGAGUAGAUAUGCCCAUUUCAACUUGACUGUUGUUAAUCAAAUUCAUAGUAAAUAUUCAAUAAGAAAAGGAUUCCUCAAUCGGUGGCAGCCAAAUUAGUAAAGAUUCAGCGUGUAUUCCUUUGGGGAGGGGAGCAUGAUCAAAAGAAGAUAGCUUGGAUAAGUUGGGAGAAGGUUUGCUUACCAAAAGAAAGAGGAGGGCUUGGUAUUAAGGAUGUCAAAGCCUUUAAUAUUGCCUUGCUAGGCAAUUGGAAGUGGCAUCUCUUAAACCAUCAUCAGGAGUUGUGGGUCAAAGUAGUGGAGUCCAAAUAUGGAGGGUGGAGGGGUUUGGAGGAGGGGGAUAGGGCUGCCUGCCAGUCAUUAUGGUGGAGGGACUUAAAAAGGGUUGUUUGUCAAUCAUAUCAAGGAAGGAGCAUUCAAGAAGGAUUCAGAUGGAAGGUUGGUGCUGGUCAUAGAAUUAACUUUUGGGAGGAUAGAUGGAUAAACCAGGAGGUGUCUUUGGCUGAAAAGUACCCUAGGAUGUACCUUAUUUCAAUGCAGCAACAUCAUACUAUAAGGCAGAUGGGGCAACAUAAAGAUCAUGGGUGGGAGUGGCACUUCUCUUGGAGGCGAAAUCUGUUUGACAGCGAAGUAGAUUCGGCAGUCAACUUCCUUGGAGAGGUAGAAGGGCAGAUUAUUCAGCAUCAAGGUGAAGAUGGUUGGGUUUGGACCGGUCACCCUUCAGGUAUCUACUCAUCUCAGUCUGCUUAUCUCAUGUUAAGGGAAGUGGGAGCAGCGGCAAGUAAGGACCAAGCCUUUGUAGAAUUAUGGAACUUGAAGAUUCCCAGCAAGAUAGCUAUUUUCGGGUGGAGAUUACUUCAAGACAGAUUACCAACAAAAUGUAAUCUGCGAAGAAGGCAAGUUCAGAUCUCGGAUGCUUUAUGUCCUUUUUGUGGUGUUAGGGAUGAGGAGGUGUCUCACCUAUUUUUUCACUGCACAAAGAUUUGGCCUAUUUGGUGGGAGACUAUAUCAUGGCUGAGUAUCACUACAGGCUUCCCUUCCAAUCCAGCUCAGCAUUUCCUUCAGCACUCCUUUGCUCAAGUGGAAGGGUUAAGAAGAAGUAGGUGGCAAAGUUGGUGGAUGGCUGUGGUCUGGUCUAUAUGGGAGAUGAGGAACAAAAUUAUUUUUUCCAAUGAUUCUUUUAAUGGUAGUAAGCUUGUAGACGAUGCAGUAUAUUUAGUGUGGACAUGGCUCAUAAAUCUGGACAAAGAUUUCAAACUUCACUUCAACCAAUGGUCAACUCAUAUUAGAGAGGGAUUUUUGUUUUAAUUUUCAGUAUCUCACAGUAGGAGAUGUAGCAGUUCUCACUUAUUGUAGCCAUACUAUGGUUCCUCUUCAAACUUCUGUAGUUUUAUUGUGGGAACCAUGAGUAUGGAUCUACCUUUUGUACGUUUUAGUACCUCUGGUACUUCUAUCAAUAUAUAAUACUUUUGCUGAUAAAAAAAAAAAAAAAUAUACACCAAAAAGGAGAAAGACAACUUGACAAGACAAGACAUUCUGUUGUCUUCUACUACAAGAUAAGCAGGAAAACUAAGAAAGCUAAAACAGAAAAUCUAUCAAGAGAUACACAUGAUUACAACACUUCCCCUCAAGCUGGAGCAUAUAAAUUGUAUGCACCAAGCUUGGAACAUAUAAACUGAAUCCUAGGCCCCCUUAAGGACUUAGUCAAAAUAUUUGCUGGCUAAUCAUUAGAAUUAAUGAACUCAGUGAUAAUUUCUUUGGACAGUAGCUUCCCCCCGAAUAAAGUGACAGUCAAUCUCUAUGUGCUUGGUCCUCUCAUGGAAGACUGGGUUUGAAGCAAUGUGAAGAGCAGCCUGAUUAUCGUAGUAUAACUUCAUUUGCACCACUUUGCAGAAUUUCAACUCUUCAAGAAUUUGUUUACCCACAUAAGUUCGCAUGUAACCAUAGCCAUAGAUCUGUAUUCAGCCUUUGCACUAGAUCGAGCAACAACAAUUCGCUUCUUGCUUUUCCAAGAAAUAAUAUUUCCUCGAAUGGAGACAGACACAAUAUCCUGAUGUGGAUCUCCUAUCCAUGGGAUAGCCAACCCAGUCUGCAUCACAAUACCCAGAUAUUUGUGUGUUACCUUUGUCUUCAUAAAGCAAUCCUUGUCCUGAAGCUCUCUUUAUGUAUUAUCUAAGAAUACGUAUAACAGCAUUCCAAUGAUCAGCAUGGGGGUUUUGCAUAAAUUGACUCACCACUCCAACCUUAAAGGAAAUAUCAAGUCUUGUAAUGGUGAGAUAAAUGAGUUUUUCCACAAGUCUUCUAUAUCUCUCGGAGUAAGGAUAAAUUUCACUUUGAUUUGCCAUGAGCUUCAGAUUCGGAUCCAUAGGGCUAUCAACAGGUCUACAAUUCUGCAUGCCUGUCUCCUCCAAAAUGUCAAGAGCAUACUUCCUCUGUGAGAUCACAACACCAUCUCUUGACUGAGCCACCUCAAUACCAAGGAAGUACUUCAAAUAUCCUAGGUCUUUGGUCUGGAAAUGACUGAAUAAGUGCUCCUUUAGCUGGGCAAUCUUAGUAGCAUCAUUCCCUGUAAUCACUAUAUCAUCAACAUAUACUAUCAAAUAAACACAUUUCCCAGGGGAUGAAUGACAAUAAAAAACAGAAUGAUCAGCUUCACUUCGUUUCAACUCAAAGAGUUGAACAAUAUGACUGAAUUUACCAAACCAGGCCUGAGGAGAUUGCUUCAACCCAUAGAGAGAUCGACGCAGCUUACCCACAAGACCACACUCCCCCUGAGCAAUAAACCCAGGAGGUUGCUCCAUAUAAAUCUCCUCCUCAAGGUCACCAUGAAGGAAUACAUUUUUAAUAUCAAGCUGAUGGAGAGGCCAAUGGCGCAUGGCAGCCAUAACAAGAAACAGACGGACAAUAGUGAUCUUAGCUACUGGAGAGAAAGUGUCACAAUAAUCAAGGCCAUAUAUCUAAGUAUAACCUUUAGCUACUAAUCGAGCCUUAAGCCGAUCAAUCUCACCAUUAGGUCCAACUUUAACUGCGUAGACCCAUCUACAACCCUCAGUCUUCUUGUCAGGAGGAAGAGGAACAAGUUCCCAAGUAUCACUUUGUUCAAGAGCCUGCAUUUCAUCAAUCAUAGCCUGUCGCCAUCUAGGAUGACUAAGGGCCUCAUGAAUAUUAAAAGGGACAAAAUGUGAAGAUAGAGAGAAAACAAAGAAAGAAUAUGAAGGAGACAAACGAUGAUAACUCAGAAAGUUAUAGAUAGGAUGAGGAUUACGAGAGGAUCUAGUACCUUUUCGGAUGGCAAUGGGCCAGUCUGAAUUAGAGGUAGCAGGAUUCAUGACUUGAGGAUUGAUUGAAGAAGGAUGAGAAUCAUGAGGAGAAGCUUCAGGUACUGUAGAACCAACAGGCGGAGAUGGAAGAAGUGGUGGAGGAGCAACUUCAAUCGGAUGUGGUGGAGAAGAUGGAACUUCACUGACAUCUUGGUUUGAGGUACCUAGAGGACACAGAGAGGGAAUUGGAAGAACAAUCUGGAUGGAAGAAGAAUGGUCUAUAGAUGAUGGGAAGAAGGGUGUGUCUUCAAAGAAGGUUACAUUUGCAGACAUAUAAUAUCGCCUGGUAGAUGGAGAGUAGCAUUUGUAACCCUUUUGAAGACGAGAAUAACCUAAAAAGACACACUUGAUUGCUCGGGCAGAAAGUUUGUCUAAACCAGGAGAGAGAUCAUGGACAAAACAAGUACAACCAAACACUUUAGGUGGAACAUGGAAUAAGUGAUCAUGAGGAAAAAUGAUUGAGUGAGGAAUUUGAUUUUCAAGGGAAGAGGAAGGCAUUCUGUUAACUAAGAAACAAGUAGAAGCACCACAUCCCCCCAAUGGUGUGUAGGAACAUGAGAGGCUAACAUUAGUGAUCGUGCGGUGUCAAGAAUAUGACGAUUUUUCCUUUCUGCUAUACCAUUUUGUUGUGGUGUAUGGGGACAUGUAGAUUGAUGUAGAAUGCCUUUUGAAGAUAAAAAAAGAGAAAUCAUGAGAGAAAUACCCUUUGGCAUUAUCACUUUUGAAAAUCUUAAUUGUUUUUCCAAAUUGGUUUUCAAUCUCAUUGAGGAAGGACAUGAAGAUAGACAAAAGUUCAGAUCUGUUUUUCAUUAAAUAGACCCAAGUACAUCUAGAAAAUUCAUCAAUAAAGGUUACAAAAUAUCGAAAACCAAAAGAUGUAACACGGCUUGGUCCCCAAAUGUCAGAAUGAAUGGUAGAGAAAGUUGAAUUACAUCUUUGAACAGUUUGUGGAAAUGAUGACCUAACAUGUUUUCCUAGUUGACAAGACUCACAUUCUAGGACUCGAAGAUUCUAGACUAGGGACCAUCAUUUUCAGCUUUGGUAGACUUGGGUGACCUAGACGAUCAUGCAAAAGUUUGGGAUUUGAAGUUGCAGAACAAGAAACAGAAAAGUUGGACUUCAAGUAGUAAAGUCCUCGUGAUUCACGUCCUUCUCCAAUCAGUUGACCCGGGCCAUGUUCCUGAAUAACAAAGGAAUUAGCGGUAAAGGUUACUGAGCAAUUUAAUGAACGAGUUAACUGACUCAAUGAAAUUAAAUUAUAAGGACAUUGAGGAAUAAAUAAAAAGAAUCCAACUUUAAUGUGGUAGAUAAAGAGACUUGACCACUUCCUUGAGUUGUAACUUUGGAACCAUUAGCUACAGUAACAAGAUGAGGAAUUUUUGGAAAAGAAAUGGAUGUAACAGAGGACUUGUUACCAGAAAUAUGAUCAGAGACACCUGAAUCAAGUAUCCAAGGACUGGGACCGUCAAUAGAUUGAGAAAUACAUGCUGUCGAAUAACAUGGUACAGAGGAAGAUGAAGCCUGACUGCUGGAUUUCUCAAAUUUCAGCUUCAAAUACUCUUGAUACUCUUUUUCAGAGAACUUAGACUUUGAUUUUUCUGUCUGAGCUACCUGAGCUACUUUGUCAGGGAAGCCAUGCAAGGAGUAGCAAUUCUCUUGAGUGUGGCCCAUCCUCUUGCAAUAUGUGCAUUGAGGACGUCCACCUCUUCCACUACGACCUCUUCUGCUGUUACGACCUCUCCCUCUCCCACGAGGUGCAACCAUGGCUGAUGUUUCCACUGUAUCAACUGGAUUUUGUUCUUUCAGUGCAUGAGGCACACGAAGCAACCUAGUGAUAAGAGAAUCCAUCGAUGGAACUUGAUCUCCAGCAAGAAACUGAUCGCGCACAUGAUCAAAGUUUGAAUGUAGACUCCUCAAGAUAAAAACCAUGUAGAACUUAUCUAGUUUUCUAUUCACUUCCUCUAACGAGUCAGCCACUAGAAACCUCUAAGCUCUUCUAUUGCAGCCCGAACUUUUCCUAUAUGAGCAAUCAUGUCAUGGCUGGUUUGCUUGAGUGUUGUAACCUUCAUGGUUGCAUCAAACAAACUCUGAAUAUCAUUGACAAAGAUUUCUCGGGCCUUUUUCUAGAAAGAACAACACGUUUUGAAUGAUCUAAGGAUCUCCAAAACGUCUGGCUCAGCCGAUUGCCAUAAAACAGCACAGAGCUGAUAAUCCAGCUUCUCCCAUUCAGGUCUUUUAUCAAUUGGAACAGCCUCAACACCUUUCUCCAAGUGGUCGUGGUGACCUUGGCCGAGAAACCAUAGCUCCACUGAAGCAGACCAAGAUAAAUAAUUUUUCUAGUUGAGUUUUGCUGUUGUGAUGGUUGGAGUUCCAGAGAAGGAGAGAACUGGACCAGCCGAAGCCAUUUCUACUCAAGAACACAAAACCCUAAGAGUAAACGGAGAUAUAAGCAAGGUCGACACGUUUCGAGUGUCGAAACCAAAAACUGAAGGUUGGAAUGGACUCAAGACGCGCCGACGAGACGACUGGCGUUGGUCUGGCCGGAUUCCAGCGCCAGGAAGACGGCGCGUGGCGGCCACGCGCCAAGGUUGGUGACGGACGGCGGAGGCGCGUGACGGCGCGUGGGUGACCUGUUAGUCACGCGAGUUGUGGGGUUGGGUUGCGCUUCUCGAGGCGCACCAAACCCUGUUGUUGCCGGAGAAAAUGGCGACAAACGGCGGCGGCGCGGACGAACCUGGCUCUGAUGCCAAGUUGAAGCUUGAAAUUGAGUGAGGAUAAUUGUUUCUCACUUAGCUUACUUUAUUACAUUCAAACAACACAUGUAUAUACACCAAAAAGGAGAGAGACAGCUUGACAAGACAAGACAUACUGCUGUCUUCUACAACAAGAUAAGCAGGAAAACAAAGAAAGCUAAAACAGAAAAUCUAUCAAGAGAUACACAUAAUUACAACAACUCGUAUGAGUUGACAUGCGAUUUUGAUAACCAUAUAGCUAUCAAGAUAACCUGAUCCGAUGAACCAGAACAAGGUUUCACUGGAGAACAAAGAAAAAGAGAAAGAGAGUGAGUUUGCUUGAAACCAGAGUCUGGGUUGCCGAAAAUGAUGGCUGCGAAAGGGGAGAGUGGGUUCAGCUGUUCAAGAAGAGAAGAACGAAAACGUAAGAGAAAGAAGAGAGCAUUGGUGACUUUUCUCUUCUAAAAAGCCCUAUAGGCUGUGAAAAAACAAAAAAGCCCUUAGCCUGCCCUUUGCAAUGUGCAAUUUUUUAGGGCUUUUGGGGCCACCUCCCUUGGUGUGGGCUGUAACACAUGUCAGGUGUGAUUGCGGUCGUUACCACUGCACCAUCAAUCUUUGACGUGCUGGCUGGAGAAUCGUGGAGACCCUCUACUCUGCCCUGCACUGUUGCUUUAGAGCUCACAUCAUAGGUGUGAUUAACACUUGGGUUUUUCUAUUUGGACCCUUAACAAUGAAGAGAUUCACAACAUCAGUUCAAUGCACGUGAGAGUGACUGGGGUUUCAUUAAUUUCAUGCCACUUGCUGAAUUGUAUGAUCCUGCUAGAGGUUAUCUUGUGAAUGAUACAUGUGUUGUUGAGGCUGACAUUUCUGUGCGUAAAGAUAUGGAUUGGUCAUAUGAUUCAAAAAAGGAAACUGGUUAUGUUGGACUGAAAAACCAAGGAGCUACAUGUUAUAUGAAUUCUCUGCUUCAAACAUUGUACCACAUUUCUUAUUUCCGAAAGGCUGUGUACCAUAUGCCCACGACUGAAAAUGAUAUGCCAUCAGGGAGCAUCCCUCUGGCAUUACAAAGUUUGUUUUACAAAUUGCAGUAUAGUGACACUAGUGUGGCAACAAAAGAGUUAACAAAGUCUUUUGGAUGGGAUACAUAUGAUUCGUUCAUGCAGCAUGAUGUCCAAGAGCUUAAUAGGGUUCUUUGUGAAAAGCUAGAAGGAAAAAUGAAGGGAACUAUUGUGGAAGGCACUAUACAGCAAUUGUUUGAAGGACACCAUAUGAACUAUAUUGAAUGCAUCAAUGUGGAUUAUAAAUCAACAAGAAAAGAAUCAUUUUAUGAUCUUCAGCUUGAUGUCAAAGGCUGUAAGGAUGUGUAUGCUUCUUUUGAUAAGUAUGUGGAAGUGGAACGACUUGAGGGUGAUAACAAGUAUCAUGCUGAGAACUAUGGUUUACAGGAUGCUAGGAAGGGUGUGUUGUUCAUUGAUUUCCCUCCUGUUCUUCAGCUUCAGUUAAAACGGUUUGAGUAUGAUUUUACGCGAGACACUAUGGUAAAGAUCAAUGACCGCUAUGAGUUCCCCUUGCAACUAGAUCUUGAUAGGGAUAAUGGCAAAUAUCUAUCUCCUGAAGCAGACAGAAGUAUUCGCAAUUUUUAUACACUUCACAGUGUUUUGGUUCACAGUAGUGGGGUGCAUGGCGGACACUACUAUGCUUACAUUAGACCAACACUAUCAAAUCAAUGGUUUAAAUUUGACGAUGAACGAGUAUCAAAAGAAGAUCCAAAGAGGGCUUUAGAAGAACAGUAUGGUGGUGAAGAAGAGUUACCUCGUAUAAAUCCUGGCUUCAACCACUCUCCUUUUAAAUUUACAAAACACUCGAAUGCAUAUAUGCUUGUCUAUGUACGUGAGAGUGACAAGGAUAAAAUAAUUUGUAAUGUGGAUGAGAAGGACAUUGCUGAACACCUUAGAAUGAGAUUAAAGAAAGAACAAGAUGAAAAGGAGCUGAAGAGGAAGGAGAAGGCUGAGGCUCACUUGUACACCACCAUAAAGGUUGCUUGUGAUGAAGAUCUACGUGAACAGAUUGGAAAUAAUAUACUCUUUGAUCUUGUGGAUUAUGAUAAAGUACGAAGUUUUCGUGUUCAAAUACAAAUGCCUUUUAUGGUUUUCAAGGAAGAAAUUGCCAAAGAGUUCGGUAUACCCAUCCAGUAUCAACGUUUUUGGUUGUGGGCAAAGCGCCAAAACAACACAUAUAGGCCAAAUAGAGCACUGACACCUCAGGAAGAAGCACAAUCAGUUGGACUGCUAAGAGAAGUUUCCACUAAAGCAAAUAAUGCAGAGCUGAAGUUAUUUUUGGAACUAGAAAUGGGGCAGGAUUUGCGCCCUAUUCCUCCUCCUGAGAAGUCAAAAGAGAAUCUCUUGCUUUUCUUUAAACUUUAUGAACCUUCAAAUGAGAAGCUUCGGUAUGUUGGGCGGCUUUUUGUGAAGAGUAGUGGGAAGCCAGAAGAUAUAUUGGUAAAACUAAAUGAAAUGGCUGGAUAUGCUCCUGAUCAAGAUAUAGACAUGUUCGAGGAGAUAAAAUUUGUGCCUAAUGUCAUGUGUGAACGGGUUGACAAGAAAUCCACAUUCUUUGGGAGUCAGCUUGAGGAUGGUGAUAUUAUUUGCUUCCAAAAGUCCGUCCAAACUGGAAGUGGAGAGCGAUAUCGCUAUCCAGAUGUUCCUUCUUUCUUGGAAUAUGUGCACAACCGUUUGGUUGUUCGCUUUAGGACUUUGGAGAAACCAAAGGAGGAUGAAUUUAGUCUGGAGCUGACAAAGCUUGACACUUAUGACAAUGUUGUAGAAGAAGUUGCUCAACAUAUUGGUUUGAGUGAUCCUUCUAAAAUUAGACUCACAUCUCAUAACUGCUACUCCCAGCAACCUAAACCACAGUCUAUCAAGUACCGAGGAAUGGAACAUUUGUCAGACAUGCUGAUUCACUCUAAUCAGACUUCUGAUAUUCUAUACUAUGAAGUAUUGGAUAUCCCUCUGCCAGAAUUGCAAUGCCUAAAAACUCUUAAAAUUGCUUUCCAUCAUGAUACCAACGAUGAAGUUGUGAUUCAUACUAUUAGAUUACCGAGACAUAGUACUGUGUCUGAUGUAAUUAAUGAUCUUAAAUCAAAGGUAGAUUUAUCACAUCCUGAUGCAGAACUUAGAUUGCUUGAAAUUUUCUAUCACAAGAUCUAUAAGAUUUUCCGUGUCAGCGAAAAGAUUGAGAACAUUAAUGAUCAAUAUUGUGCUCUACGAGCAGAGGAGGUUCUUGAAGAAGAGAAAAACCUUGGCCCGCAUGAUCGGUUGAUCCAUGUUUAUCAUUUCUUGAAAGACACAACUCAAAAUCAGCAGCAAGUUCAGAACUUUGGACAUCCUUUUUUAUUGGUUAUCCAUGAGGGUGAGACAUUAACUGAAGUCAAAUUGCGAAUACAGAAAAAGUUGCAAGUUCCAAAUGAGGAGUUUUCAAAGUGGAAGUUUGCAUUUUUGUCAUUUGGUCGUCCUGAGUACCUUCAAGAUUCAGAUAUUGUUUCAGCUCGGUUUCAGAGGAGGGAUAUCUACGGUGCAUGGGAGCAAUAUCUCGGACUGGAACACACUGACAAUGCUUCAAAAAGGUCGAAUGCUGCCAAUCAGAAUCGUCACGAGAAGGCAGUAAAAAUCUAUGAUUAGAGAAACGUUUCAUCUUGACCAGUCAUUUUAAUGGCACCAUAUGCCAGCUGCACUUGAAGCGUUCUGAAGGAGAGAAUGGAGAAGCUACCAAUCUUCUAAAGGGUAGUCUGUUGAAAACCAUAAUUUUCUUAGCUGAGAUGGUGGGGGGUGGUGUAUAGCCUUCAAUAGUGAUUAAAACUCGUCUUUUGAGCAAACAAAUCUUUGGUUGUUAGGAGGUUGAAUUUGAAAUUCCCUUGUCAUUUGGUACAUAACAUUUUGGGGUUGGGUUUUGUAUAGAAGGUAUAGGAAUGUAGGUAUAGUUAAACUCUUUUCUAUGGCCCAUUUCACCAUAGUGGGAUCUUUAUUUGCUUCAGUUGGUGAAGCUCCGCGAGGAUGGGGAAAUGUGUAAUGUUUCUACAGGAGCUAACAUGUAAAUUUCCCUUGUGCCUUUCUUAACCUUGGUUUUGUUUACCGUACUUAUUGGUGUUAAAGGAAAACAUUAUUUUUUCCUAA